UCGUCGGGUGAGGAAGAGAAAUUUCGAAAUCUCUCGCUAACUUGAAAUAAAAUUGAAUUGAUUUGAAGAGAGAUUAAAAAAUAGAGUCAUGAGUGUAAUUACGAGGGGUAUAUCAAGUUUGGCGAGAAUAUUCACGAGGAAUUCCAUUGAAGGAAACGCGUCAAUGCAGGCGAGAUCAUACUUAACUAAUUCUGUUCAAGGAGGUUUAUCGAUUCUGACAAGGAUAUGUUUACAGAAUAUGAAACAAGGUCUGCAGCAGGUGAGAAACGGAUCGACGUUGUUGCAGAUGCAUCUAAGGGGUCCCCAUAAAAAGGUCAAUAUAAAAAGGAAGCCACUCGAUGGAAAGCCGUUCGCCAAGGGCGUCGUCCUGAGGGCGGUCAUCAAGAAGCCGAAGAAGCCGAAUUCUGCGAACAGGAAGUGCGUGUUAGUGAGGCUCUCCUCGGGAAAGGAAAUGGUCGCCUACGUCCCCGGAAUCGGACACAAUCUCCAGGAACACAAUAUCGUGCUCUGCAGAGUGGGGAAAUUACAGGACACUCCUGGCGUGAAGAUAAAGUGCGUGCGUGGGAAGUACGACCUGCCGCAUGUCGUGAAGCAAGUUCCAAAGUGAAUUAGGAUUCGAAAUUCCUCCUCGACGUGUCGCCCAAUAUUUGUACGAUCGAAUUGCCUGCACCCGGGAUGGCACUAUCUGCAAGUGGCUUGAGAUGAUUUCGGAGGAUGAUAAUAAACAAUUAUUUACAAUUAUUUACAAUUACGUCCAUGACCUCGUGCACCAAUAAAUGUCGCCCGGAACACUAAUGAAAA